UGAAAAAAUCAUUCUCAUGUAUCAUGAAUUGAUCAAAGUAUCGUCACUUUAAAAGGAACCAUAAAAAGUAAACAAAAUUGAAGAUUUUCAUGUGUUGAUUUAUAUAAAAAUUUGCAAUAGUUUAUUUUGUGUGUUAUUCGAAAUAUAAGUCUGUUUUUUUUGUAAUAUGGCAAAACAUCACCCAGAUUUAAUUUUCUGUAGAAAACAACCGGGAGUUGCAAUAGGAAGAUUAUGUGAAAAAUGCGAUGGUAAAUGUGUAAUUUGUGAUUCCUAUGUAAGACCAUGUACUCUGGUUAGAAUUUGUGAUGAAUGCAAUUAUGGAUCUUAUCAAGGCCGAUGUGUUAUUUGUGGUGGACCUGGUGUUUCUGAUGCUUAUUAUUGCAAAGAAUGCACAAUUCAAGAAAAAGAUAGAGAUGGUUGUCCAAAAAUCGUAAAUCUCGGAAGUUCAAAGACUGAUCUAUUUUAUGAGAGGAAAAAGUAUGGAUUCAAGAGAAGAUAAAGAUGAUUGACGAAAAUUUUUAAUGUAAAAAAUAUUUCUUAUUUUUCAAAUAAAUAAUUUUCUUGUAAUUA